CUCCUUCCCCCUAUGCCUCUGAGCCACUGCGCGCUCUGGCUCCGGAGCUGACAUGGGCGCCGCCGCGUGGGCACUGCUGCCCCUGCUGCUGCGUUUGUCCCUCCUGUUGCUCCUUCUGCCUCUCCCGGGGCUCCCCGUGGGCUCCUGGGACCCCGCCGGUUACCUGCUGUACUGCCCCUGCAUGGGGCGCUUUGGGAACCAGGCUGAUCACUUCUUGGGCUCCCUGGCAUUUGCGAAGCUCCUAAACCGCACUUUGGCUGUUCCUCCUUGGAUUGAAUACCAGCAUCACAAGCCUCCCUUCACCAAUCUCCAUGUGUCCUACCAGAAAUAUUUCAAGCUGGAACCCCUGCAGGCCUACCAUCGAGUCAUCAGCCUGGAGAACUUCAUGGAGAAGCUGGCACCCACCCACUGGCCCCCUGAGAAGCGGGUGGCAUACUGCUUUGAGGUAGCAGCCCAGCGAAGCCCUGAUAAGAAGACAUGCCCCAUGAAGGAAGGAAACCCCUUUGGCCCAUUCUGGGAUCAGUUUCAUGUGAGUUUCAAUAAGUCGGAGCUUUUUGCAGGCAUUUCCUUCAGUGCUUCCUACAAAGAACAAUGGAUCCAGAGAUUUUCUCCAAAGGAACAUCCAGUGCUUGCUCUGCCAGGGGCCCCAGCCCAGUUCCCUGUCCUGGAGGAACACAGGCCCCUCCAGAAGUACAUGGUAUGGUCGGACGAGAUGGUGAAGACGGGAGAGGCUGAGAUCCGUGCCCACCUCAUCCGGCCCUACGUAGGCAUUCAUCUGCGCAUUGGCUCCGACUGGAAGAAUGCCUGUGCCAUGCUGAAGGACGGGACCGCGGGCUCACACUUCAUGGCCUCUCCACAGUGUGUGGGCUACAGCCGCAGCACAGCAGCCCCCCUCACCAUGACUAUGUGCCUGCCAGACCUGAGUGAGAUCAGGCGGGCCCUGAAGCUCUGGGUGAGCGCACUGAACGCCCAGUCAGUCUACAUCGCCACUGAUUCUGAGAGUUAUGUGCCCGAGAUCCAGCAGCUCUUCACAGGGAAGGUGAAGGUGGUGAGCCUGAACCCUGAGGUGGCCCAGGUUGACCUGUACAUCCUUGGCCAAGCUGACCACUUUAUUGGCAACUGUGUCUCCUCCUUUACUGCCUUUGUAAAGCGGGAGCGGGACCUCCAGGGAAGGUCGUCCUCUUUCUUUGGCAUGGACAAGCCCCCUCAGCUUCGAGACGAGUUCUGAUCCUGACGGAAGCACAUCCCAGUCUGAGCUGGUCCCUCCAGCCAGGCCAGGCAGCCGGAGCUGCUCCCCGGAUUAUAAGCUCCUCUUCUUACUGCCAGAGAUGGAGAAAGUUACCAGGGACUUCCUGGAGGAGGGAGAUAUUCCUUCCUUCCAGGGCUUAGGACUUCAGAGCUCCAGGAAUAAGAUUGCUUCCUGCUGUUUAUCCUGGGGAUUUCUCAUCAGCAAAGCAUUCCAACCUCUGUCUUCUGGUCUGCCCUGCUCUGGACAGCCUGGGAUGCUGAACUCUGUCCAGAGAGAUUUUUUUGUAUAUGUAGAUAUUUUUAUAGUUUUGAUACAAGAUCAUGACUAUCCUAGAACUCUCCCUCAUUUUUAAAAAUCAGUAAAACCCAUUACUGUAGGUCCCUGAAGUGACCUUAACUAAAUGUGGGGCCAGAGCUAGGGUGGGUCUACUGGCUGCUUUUCUAGGUGUCCCCCAAAGUGGCCUUCAGGACCCAUCCCUACUGCCUGGCCAGAGCUGUGGUUGUCCCUCUUCCUAGGCCAUUUCUGGGACUUGGGACAUGAACACUCUCCUCUGUUGUGAACACUAUGCAAGGGAAAGUUAUGGAUCAUGAUGCUGUACAGUGCCGAAGGGCCGCUGGGUACCAGUCACACAGCACAUUCCCUGCACGGAGCACGUACCAUCAAGCAAGAUGACAAUGGCAUUGCUUUCAGAGUCUCUGUUGGUUGGUAGCCACCACAAACCUGGCACCAUCAGAGUCACAGAAUGCACCACUGGGGAUUUGGGCUUGCUGGCCUGUCAGGAUCCUUCUGCAGGCUGUCCUCUUCCCUUCCGAUCUCUCGCCUCUAGGGGCCUGGUUGGUAUCCCAAGCCUUUUCUCUCGCCUGCAGCUGGAGCCCUCAGACCCAUAUUCUCACAAGGAGGGUGUUUGCAAAGUAGAAGACCACAUAGAAGAUGCCCAGGAACCACCGGAAUUCCCAGUUGGAAGCAACCUUUGCUCCAUCCAGUACAAUCCCUGCCAAUGCUAUGAGGCUUAAAGUGUUAGAAGUCAGGAGUUUCUUUGUCUCCCAGAUGCUGCAGUUUUAAUGAUCCAUGACUCCUGAGAACUCGUGAUUUUUGGACCUUGUGGUUCUAAAAUUCCAUGUCUGACUCCUGUGGCUCUUUCCCCUGCCAUGUGACCUCCCUCAGACUUUGAACCUGGAAAGGUGGCAGAGUCUCUGCUGAGAGCCAGGCCCAGCGCUCCAUGCAGGGCUUCUGCCUUAGUGCUUUGUAGGAGCAGGCUGGGUUAGAGGUCAAAGAUUGUGGGAUUCUAAGGCCCUUAACAAAGUCGGCAUUUCUCCUAUAUAGGAGAAACUGUGUAGAAAGUGCUUUUGCAUUUUCCCCUCCUGGGAAGAGUGAAAUGUUUUAAAUCCUAGGGGGACUCUGAGAGAUGAUUGACCUGUUUGGACUUGGUGUCAAGCAUCAUCCAGAGACAGGGCUACAGACAAGGAACCCAGGCACUCCCUGCCUCCAUCACCUGAUAUGAGUGGGUGGCUCACUGGCUGAUUUUGUUUCUGAAUUCAUUUGCUACCCACAGCCUUACUAGGCACACACUUCAGUGUCUGGAGCUCCGGGGAGCCAUCCAAAUCAUCUCUAUGAAGCCAGGCAUGGUGGCUCAUG